AUGUCAUAUUGGACCCCCGAUCCACAGGCUGUCGAACAGCUUCAGUUGAUAUUGAAUGGGACUGUUUCUGGUUCUCAAAGUAUCAUUGCAGAGGCUACCGAGGCCCUGACGCAAGCGCGUCAACAACCCGACUUUGAGAAUUAUCUACUGCACAUACUCCUAAGCAAUAAUGGCACAGACUCUCAGAUUAGGGCAUCGGCUGGGCUAACCCUAAAGAAUAGUAUCAUGCUCAAAGAAUUUGCCGAAAAGCCAGAUAGUGUUAAACACCACAUUUUGAAUGAGAUACUCAAGGGUCUAGUGGAUAGUGACUCUUUAGUGAGAAACAUUACUGGUAAUGUUGUCACAUCUCUAUUUUCCCUGUUCGGAGUCAAAGGCUGGCCACAAGUCCUUGUCCAGCUGCUAGAUCUUGCCUCUAGUGAGGGACAAGAAAAAGCUCAAGAGGGAGCCAUUAACGCUUUAGCCAAGAUCUGCGAGGAUUCCUCGGUGGAUCUAGACAAAAGCUACAAUGGUGAGACACCUUCCGAGUUUAUAGUUCCUAGGCUAUUACAGCUCAUGAACUCUCCAAUUCCACGCGUUAGGGCCAAAAGUGUCACUUGUAUUAAUCUCUUUUUAUUGAUUAAAAGUUCUGCUAUCAUGAGUCGCUUGGAUGAAUACAUGCAGAAAUUGUUUGUUUUAGCUACUGACCAGGAUGGCAGUGUUAGAAGAAGUAUCUGUACUGCUUUCGUGGACAUCUUAGACGCAGAUCAGAUAAAACUUCAGCCUCACUUGGACGGCGUAAUAAACUACUGUCUACACUCUGUAAAUGAUCAGGAUGAAGAAGUAGCCCUGGAAGCUUGUGAAUUUCUUCUCGGCCUCUCCACUUCGUUGUUGGAUGAAUCCUUGUUGGUUAAAAAGUUACCACAGAUUAUCCCCACUCUGCUUAGCAAGAUGGCAUACUCAGAAUUAGAUAUCUUUUUGAUUGAGAAUCAAGAUGCAAAAGAUGAUGCCACUGAAGCUGAUAGAGAUGAAGAUAUCAAGCCACAGAUGGCCAAAAGUAAAAACAGCAACCGUGCUACUUCUUCGAAAAAGGAGAGAGAUACCAGCCAGUUAGAAGACAACAAUGAUUCUGAGGACGACAGUGAUGACGAUGAUGGAUCAGAUCUAUCUGAGUGGAACCUCAGAAAGUGUGCUGCUGCUACACUUGAUGUACUGGCCACCAACUUCCCCCAAGAGGUGUUAGAUAUUGUUUUCCCUAUUGUCAGGGAGCGUAUAAUGUCUCCGGAAUGGCCUGUCGUUGAGGCUUCGUUGCUUGCUUUAGGUGCCAUUGCAGACGGUUGUAUUGACCUUGCAAAACCUCAAUUACCUGAAUUAAUACCAUUUUUCGUUGAGAAGUUGAAGGCUCCGCAACCCCGUGUCCGUCAGAUUACUUGCUGGACUCUUGGAAGAUAUGCCCAAUGGGUUUGUACUGAGGCUGGAUCUGGAGGAAGAUAUGGAGCUUACUUUUUGCCCACCUUCCAAGCUAUAAUGACUUGUGCUCUUGAUAAUAAAAAGGUUGUUCAGGAAAGUGCUUGUUCGUCCUUGGCCAAUUUUGUUGAAGCUACAGACCAAUCAAUGAUUACGCCACUAGUUGAGCCUCUUUUGUACCACUUCCAGCAAUGUUUCAAGACUUACCAGAGGAAAAAUUUGAUCAUCCUCUAUGAUGCUGUGCAAACUUUUGUGGAGAAGGCAGGUGAAAUGAUUCAGGCAAACGAAGGCUAUAUCAGUUUACUUCUUCCUCCUCUUAUUGAAAAAUGGCAACAAUUCAGCGAUGAUGACCAAGACCUAUGGCCAUUGUUAGAGUGUAUGUCCACAGUUGCUGCGUCUUUAGGAGAAUCAUUUGCUCAGUAUGCUGUUCCUGUGUACGAGAGAGCUAUCAACAUAUUGCAAACCUGUGUUGAACAAGACCAAAGAUGUCAGACUAGUGAGCUGAUAACUCCGCCAGAGAAAGAUUUUAUAGUCACAUCCAUCGAUUUGAUUGACGGUUUGGUUCAGGGAUUGACUACUCAUAGUGCUGAGCUCAUUAAGCAGUUCAAUAGCAACGAAAGGAACUUGAUGCAUUUGCUGCUGAUCUGUUUUGAGGAUUCUUUUGACGACGUCCGUCAAUCCGCAUUUGCACUGCUUGGAGACUUGUCUAUUUUUUUGCUGAAUGACAUAGUCAAACCAUACUUGCAUCAAGUCAUGAUCUGCAUUGACAAUGAAAUCAAACACCGUAACUACAACAGUAACGCUGUUUGUAAUAAUGCCACUUGGGCUUUGGGUGAAAUUUCUAUGCGACUUUCCAAGGAGGAAAUAACGCCAUAUCUUCCUAGUUUUGUCUCGCUGUUGAUUCCACUCUUAGAAGCUUCAGAUAUGCAGAGUACUGUCCUUGAAAAUGCUGCAAUUACCAUCGGCCGCAUGGGAAUCUCUUCCAACGAAGCUCUUGCUCCCUAUGCUAAUGAUUUCAUCAAUCAAUGGUGUAAACUUAUGCUAUACUUGGAGGAGAACGAAGAAAAAGAAACAUCUUUUAUUGGAAUGUGCAGGAUAUUAUCAGUUGAUCCCAGGAACUUGGUCAUAUCGAAUAGACAGGCCGGAUUAGCAGGACUCACUAAUUUUCUCCGCUGUGUGUUAUACUACGAAUCUCCUAGUGAAGAACUCUAUAGAAUGUUUUUCACUUUGUUGAAUGGAUUCAGCGCUUACUUCGGUUCUGAAUGGAACGUGAUAGUGUCUGCUUUAGACCAGCAAGAGAGAGAUUUGCUUCAGGCACGGUACAACGUUUAA